CCUGACACCGAGGGGGCGUGCCGAGCAGCUGCUCUUGUCCUCGGAUCUGUGUCACCUUCAUUGAUACCUGUCCCACUUGCACCUCUCGGCGAUGACAGUAAAGCCAAAGAACAGUGCAGUCUAAGAUGAGUCAGUUUCGGGUAUUAGCUGGUGUGCUGAAAGGUGGAGGGAGCCCCUUCCUUCGAUGCCGUGCAGGAGGGCUGACCUGGCGCUGCUGGGCUCAUCCAAAGAGAGGCUGCUCCUCUAGGACUGAUCCUCUUCCAGCAGUGGUCAGCAACUCCAGCUAUGUGGAGGAGAUGUAUUUGGCAUGGCUGGAUGACCAUAAAAACGUCCACGAGUCUUGGGACAGUUUCUUCCGUAACAUCCAGGCCUCCGGUCCAUCUGGCGAGGCGGAUGAGAGACGGCCCUCUGCUCUGCUGCAGGGCCGAGUGUUGUCCCACUCACUAGACGUGGCAGAGAAAGUGGUGGAGGACCACCUGGCUGUGCACACCCUCAUUAGAGCUUACCAGAUCCGUGGUCACCAUGUUGCUCAGUUAGACCCUUUAGGAAUCCUGGAUGCUGACCUCGACUCUUUCGUUCCGUCCGACCUGAUCACCACUAUUGAUAAAUUAGGUUUAUAUGGUCUUGAUGAGUCUGACUUGGAUAGAAGCUUCCAGCUGCCCCACACCACCUUCAUCGGUGGACAAGAGACUACCCUUCCACUUAGAGAAAUCAUACGCAGACUAGAGGCAUCCUACUGCGGUCACAUAGGGGUUGAAUUUAUGUUCAUUAAUAAUGUGAACCAGUGUCAGUGGAUUCGUCAGAAGUUCGAGACUCUGGGAAUCAUGCAGUUCACUAGUGCUGAGAAGAGAACCCUGCUAGCGCGCCUGAUCAGAUCCACACGGUUUGAGGACUUCCUGGCGAGAAAGUGGUCAUCGGAGAAACGUUUUGGUUUGGAAGGCUGCGAAGUUCUCAUUCCUGCUCUUAAAACCAUCAUUGACAAGUCAAGCGCAGCAGGGAUCGACAGCGUAAUCAUGGGGAUGCCACAUCGGGGUCGACUGAACGUCUUGGCUAAUGUGAUCCGUAAGGACCUGGAUCAGAUCUUUUGUCAGUUUGACCCCAAAUUAGAGGCUGCUGAUGAGGGUUCGGGUGAUGUCAAAUACCACCUGGGGAUGUACCACGAGAGGAUUAACCGUGAGACUGACAAGAACAUCACGCUGUCACUCGUGGCAAACCCCUCGCACCUCGAGGCAGUGGAUCCAGUGGUUCAGGGAAAGACCAAAGCAGAGCAGUUCUACAGAGGAGACACUCAAGGAAAGAAGGUGAUGUCUAUUUUGAUGCACGGCGAUGCUGCUUUUGCGGGACAAGGAGUUGUUUAUGAGACGUUCCAUUUGAGUGAACUCCCCUCUUAUACCACAAAUGGUACAAUCCAUGUGGUGGUCAACAACCAGAUUGGCUUCACUACAGAUCCUCGAGUGGCCCGCUCAUCUCCUUACCCCACUGACGUGGCUCGGGUUGUCAAUGCGCCCAUCUUUCAUGUGAAUGCGGACGAUCCCGAGGCUGUCAUGUAUGUGUGCCGCGUAGCUGCAGAGUGGAGGGCCACAUUCAACAAGGAUGUCGUCAUUGACCUGGUUUGUUACAGACGUUUUGGCCAUAAUGAAAUGGAUGAGCCCAUGUUCACCCAGCCGCUGAUGUACAAACAGAUCCAUCGGCAGGAGCAUGUGCUGAAAAAGUACUCUGAAAAACUCAUUGCUGAGGGAGUGGUGACACUGCAGGAAUUUGAGGAAGAAGUUGCAAAAUAUGACAAAAUAUGUGAGGAGGCAUACACCAGCUCUAAAGAUGAAAAGAUCUUACACAUUCGGCACUGGCUCGACUCCCCUUGGCCAGAUUUUUUCACAGCGCAGGGAGAGCCCAAGAGCAUGAGCUGCCUCCCUACAGGACUGGACGAGGAGGUUCUGCAGCACAUUGGGCAGAUAGCCAGCUCAGUGCCUCUGGAAGGUUUUAACAUCCACCCUGGUGUGUCCCGUAUCCUGCGUGGUCGAGCUGACCUAGUGAAGAGUCGUCAGAUGGACUGGGCUCUAGGAGAGUACAUAGCCUUUGGCUCCCUCCUGAAAGAUGGCAUACAUGUACGACUGAGCGGGCAAGAUGUUGAACGAGGAACCUUUAGUCACCGUCAUCAUGUUCUACAUGACCAAGAGGUUGACAAACGUAUCUGUGUUCCCAUGAACCACCUGUGGGAGAACCAGGCAUCUUACACUGUCUGCAACAGCUCCUUAUCAGAGUAUGGAGUUGUAGGUUUUGAGCUUGGCUUUGCCAUGGCUAACCCAAAUGCUUUGAUCCUCUGGGAGGCCCAGUUUGGAGACUUUCACAAUACAGCCCAGUGUAUCAUUGACCAGUUUAUUAGCUCAGGACAGGCCAAGUGGGUUCGCAAUAAUGGCAUUGUCCUACUGCUGCCACAUGGAAUGGAAGGAAUGGGUCCAGAGCAUUCAUCAGCUCGGCCUGAACGCUUCCUGCAAAUGACCAAAGAUGAUCCAGAUCACAUCCCUGUAUGUUCACAUGCAGUAGGAGUGCGGAGGCUGUAUCAGAUAAAUCUGUUGUUUGUCAGUGACGGAAACUUUUUCCCUUUUCUUGUCCCCUUCAAACAGCUGAUCAUUUUCACUCCUAAAUCUCUGCUCAGGCAUCCGGACGCAAGGUCAGGUUUUGAUGACCUUGCCAAAGGCACUAAAUUUAAGAGACUGAUUCCUGAUGAGGGCCCUGCAAGUCAAAGCCCAGGCCAAGUAAAGAGGGUUAUCUUCUGCGCAGGCAAAGUCUACUAUGAACUAGCUAAGGAGAGGAAGCAGCAGAAUUUGGACAGAGAUGUUGCCAUAAUCAGGCUUGAACAGAUCUCUCCUUUCCCGUUUGACCUGGUCAGUGAAGAGGUGGAGAAAUACGCCAACGCUGAGCUCAUCUGGUGUCAGGAGGAGCACAAGAACAUGGGUUACUAUGAUUAUGUCCGACCCUGCUUCCUCACAGUGGUUGCCAACAAGAAACCCAUUUGGUAUGUGGGACGAGAUCCUGCGGCUGCACCGGCGACAGGAAACAAAUCUACUCACCUCAAUGAGCUGAGGAAGUUUAUGGACACUGCUUUCAACAUGAGCUCCUUCCAAGACUGAAACUUGUAAAGGAGAAGGUCAUUUCAUUGUUUUGAUGUGGCUUAGUCUUAGGUUGAGGGUCAUUAAAAACCUAUCUCUACACAAUUGUUUAAGAAUAAAAAGUUCCUUAUGAACAUUAAGCAUAAGCACUAAGCCACAGAAUGGUCAAUCCUGCAUCUUCUGUUGUGUGGUAGAGUGUAGUACACCAGUAUUGUUCACACAGCCACGCAGAACUGUGACAAUCAUUAUUGGAGUGGUUUUACUACUUCAAAUAUUCUUUUGCUGUUAUGCUGAAUACUGCUAAAUAACUAUUUUGAUAUUUAUUUUGAUUGUAGCUAUGAAACACACCCAAAACCCCCCAGAGGUACACUUUAACAAUAACUAUGAAUCGCAUGUCACAGGUAUGAAAACUGUGCUGAAACUUAACACAUCAGUAGAUUUUAUAGCCUGUUAUUGUUUGGCUACCUUAGCUGUUUGUGAAGGAGUGUGUAUUUAUUGUCACACAUCACUUCACCAGGAGACAUGAGCCAGCUGGCACAGAGACUUGCAGCCAUGUUUUCUACUUAGGACAUAAGGCUCAGCUUUUUCUUCUGAAGCGCUGGGACACGCACACACAUAAACAAAGAACAGCCUUGGAUGCUCAGAGAGCAAUAUUGAUGCAUGGUUGUCACAUUAAAAUCCCCAGAUAUCAAACACAAAUGAUAUUAGAAAAGCUCCUUAAAAUUAUACUUCUUGUCUAGCUGCGCUGUAGUUUACCUUUCCAACGUAGAGCUGGGAGAUUUAACCAGUAAUGCGGAAACAUAGUUUUGCAUAUUUAGUGAUUUAAAAGAGGUUUAUACAUGACUGUUUAGUAAAUAGGGAAAGAGCCACAUAUUCAUGUGGGAGCUGAAAUAUGUGCUCAACAUGAUAUAACUGCACCUACAGGGAAUAAUUUGAAUAUGCAAUAAAUAUGUUUUAAUAAAUGAAUGACCUGGCAUACAUACAACAGUUUGAACUGAUGAGUAAAGUUACAGGUCAUCUGAUAAUCUAUGAUGGGUUGAAAUAGGAUUUUGCUCACUGACACAAAUGAUUUAAUGAUCCUAGAGCUAUUUUGUAAUUGUUUUCAGAUUUUGUGUGUCCUUAAUUUUCUAUUAUUUCCAUAAAUGUGUCUUUAAAAAUAUGUGGGCUGUCCUGUCAUGUGAACCAAAUAUAGAUGAACGCAAUAUCAAGCAGUGGCAUGGAGGUUUUAAUUAAAAUGUAGGCUUUAUAUCACUGAAA